AUUUUAACUGAUAAUGCGACAAAAUGCAGAGAUAUCCUCACACAUACUCAAGACGAGAUCCAAGGCGACCAAAGUCAAGCUUUCUUGCUUUGAACUUAUCGGAAUCUCUUUUCACUGUUGAUACUGUUAUAGGAUCAGUACAGAGCAAAUCGACAUACAUAAGUGAAGAUUAUGGAGACAACGUUUCAUCAGAUAUUGACGCUGGGAGUGCACGACUUGCCUUCAAGAGAAAAGAUGAAAACCGAGAAAGCGGCCCAUCCUCUCCAACAGGAAGUCCACAACAAAGAGAAUGCGAAUCGGAAGUUUCAGCUGGUCGAUCUUUGAUUGAACCGUCUGUCGACUGGACCGUUUUUAAAUCAGCUGAUGCAAAUUUGACGUUUGUAACGAAAACCUGGCGUCAACUUCAUCCACAAAAAAGUUACAUUUCCCUCUCUAUAAAAUGUUAGAAAUUAGAAUUCGGGUGAUGCAAAGUGAGACAUUGCAUAAAACGUGUCGACGUGACAAAUUUGAAACAACGACAUUUCGAAAUCUACCACCAUGUACUCUCAGUAUUUCAAAUUAAAUGAAAUAUAUCAAUCAGUAUAGCUUCUUAUAGAUUGACAUAAAUAUACGACUAAGCUGUAUUAACGACUUUCUCUAAUACGGACAUAUGUGAAUUACCGAUACGAACAUGAACAACAGUUCUGCAUUUUGGUUGGAUGAGAUUGUCCGAAAAGGUCGAAUCUAUGAAAAAUUCGCCUUCGGUAUCUUCUGAUUCCUAAAGCUUUCGGAUUUGUUGAGUUUUGAAUGCUUCACAUGACGUGUUACAUGAAACGUUUUGAGAAAAAAUUGAAAAUACCCUUAUAAAAUCAGUUUUCGAACACAAAACCUACGUUGUCGGCAGGAUUCGAACCUGCGCGGGCAGAGCCCAACAGAUUUCUAGUCUGUCGCCUUAACCACUCGGCCACGACAACCACCGAGAGAAAGAUUUCAAAUAGUAAAUAUAUAGAUAGUACUCUCGUUUUAUCAUCGUUUCUUUUUACAUAGUUUAAUCAGCGUGUAUAAUUCAACAAUUAACGACCCUGAUUGCAAAAUUAAAGCAUAUUAGUCGCAGUGCAUUUUUACAUUGUCCUAUAAAAUAACACUUUAAAAUGGUUUCCUGUUUUAUAUGCAUAAUUUGACUUGUACUCUGCUAAGUUAGUUCAAGUUGUGAGAAGAGCUUGUUAUAUUUACGUCUGGCUAUUAUAUCUAAGUUAAAUUUCUCGCAAGUGAAUUACUAUGAAAUUUAAUAUUACUUAAAUAAUUUUAAUUUAAUACAAUGCCAUCAGUUCAGUAAAACACAAAGUAUUUUUCUGGCACAACAUUUUUAUUUAAUGUAUAAUACACAUAAUGACCAGACAUAGAAUCUGAAA